GUCAUACUCCUGCGACGGAAUUUACCACGUGGGAAGGAUUUAGCUGUGUCGAUGAGGUAAACAACCGCAGUGUAGCUUGGCUGUAUUUGUCCAUAAAAUAUAUAUUUCCAUUUCAUUUUGAACAAGCCUUAAGUUUUGCUUUGUAAAGCGGUUCUCUCUAGACCAUGCCCCACAACCCCGAUCAUCCUCCGGCGAAGAAAUUUAAGCCGGGGUCUCCUUUUUUCCGUCUUGACAAGAAGCCUGGGAUGCUGCUACCUAGAAAGGAAAAUGCAUCGGUACCAAUAGACGUGCAAAGGAAAAAUCUUCCCAUUUACCAGGCGAAGUCUCAACUUAUUAACCAGCUUAGACAGCUUCAUAGUGCUGUAUUGAUAGGUGAGACGGGUUCUGGGAAGACCACCCAGAUUCCUCAGUACCUGUAUGAAGCUGGCAUCGCGCGACAGGGCAUCGUCGCUGUGACACAGCCACGCCGAGUGGCAGCGAUCUCCCUGGCAACGCGGGUAGCAGAGGAGAAGAGAACUCAGCUGGGGAAGCUGGUUGGCUACACGGUGCGAUUUGAGGAUGUCACCUCCUCGGAGACGAAGCUGAAGUUCAUGACAGAUGGUAUGCUCCUGCGUGAGGCCAUAGGAGACCCCUUACUACUACGCUACACCGUGGUGGUGCUGGAUGAGGCCCACGAGCGCACUGUGCACACUGACGUGCUUUUCGGAGUGGUUAAGGCUGCCCAGCGCAAACGCAGAGAACAGAACAAGAUCCCCCUCAAGGUGAUUGUAAUGUCAGCCACCAUGGACGUGGACCUGUUCUCUCAGUACUUCAACAAGUCUCCUGUGCUGUACCUGGAGGGCAGGCAGCAUCCCAUCCAGAUGUACUACACCAAGCAGCCCCAGUCAGACUACCUGCAGGCUGCACUGGUGUCAGUCUUCCAGAUCCAUCAGGAAGCCCCUGCGUCACAUGACAUCCUGGUGUUCAUGACAGGACAGGAGGAGAUAGAGGCGCUGGCUCGUACCUGCCGUGACAUCGCCAAGCACCUCCCUGACAGCUGUGGUCCCAUGACUGUCAUCCCCCUGUACGCCUCCUUACCCCCUUUACAGCAGCUCAGAGUCUUCCAGCCUGCACCGAAGGGUUGUAGGAAGGUAAUCCUGUCAACCAACAUUGCAGAGACGUCGAUCACCAUCUCGGGGAUCAAAUACGUCAUUGAUACAGGCAUGGUGAAAGCAAAGCGUUUUAACCCAGAGAGCGGUCUGGAGGUGUUGGCAGUGCAGCGGGUAUCUAAAGCCCAGGCGUGGCAGAGGGCGGGCAGGGCUGGCAGAGAGGACUCCGGCUCCGUCUACCGUCUCUACACCGAGGACGAGUUUGACAACCUCAUCCCCAUGACCGUGCCUGAGAUACAAAGGUGUAACCUGGCCAGUGUCAUGCUACAGCUUCUGGCUCUGGGGAUCCCUGACGUGAUGAACUUUGACUUCAUGUCUAAGCCUUCUCCUGAGGCGAUGCGUUCGGCGGUGGAGCAGCUGGAUCUACUAGGGGCUGUAGGGAGGAAAGGUGAGCAGGUCACCCUCACUCCUCUGGGCAAGAAGAUGGCCAGCUUCCCCCUGGAGCCACGCUAUGCCAAGACCAUCUUGCUGUCACCAGACUUCCAGUGUUCUGAGGAGGUGCUGACCAUCGUGUCUCUGCUGUCGGUGGACACGGUGCUCUAUAACCCGCCCGCACGCCGAGAGGAGAGUCUCGCCGCACGCAAGAAGUUCACCACCAGCGAGGGAGAUCACUUGACACUGCUCAACAUCUACAGAGCCUUCAAGAAAGUAAACGCCAACAAGGAGUGGUGUCGGGAGAACUUUGUCAACAGCAGGAACAUGAGCAUGGUUGGAGAGGUCCGUGCACAGCUCCGAGAGAUUUGCCUAAAGCUGAGCAUGAAGCUGGAGUCGUGUGGGUCGGACACGGGGAGCGUGCGUCGCUGCCUGGCCCACGGUCUGUUUAUGAACGCUGCAGAGCUGCAGCCAGAUGGCAGCUACACGGCCCUGGAUACCCACCAGCCUGUUGCCAUCCACCCCUCCUCUGUCCUCUUCCAGGCCAAGCCUGCUUACGUAGUCUUCAAUGAGCUCCUGCACACCUCCAAGUGCUACAUGAGGGACCUGUGUCUGGUGGAUGCUGAUUGGCUGGUCGAGGCCGCGCCUGAGUACUUCCGCCGGAAGCUACGCCCCACCAAGAGCUAGCCUCUGAUUGGACAGGACUCUGGGGUGACGAGAGGCUACAGCAGAACCAAACCUCCCUGAGCAGUGACACACCUGACCCACGUCUCCCUCGGUGUCAAUAGGAACUGGAUGGAGGCAUGAUGGGAAGAACAUCUUUCUACUCUUUCCUGUUUGCUGAAUCGCUCGUGUCUGUUUACACAAAGCGUAGAAAGACUCUUCAGGACUGCUCGUGUCGAAGACAGAACAUUUAGCAUUUGGUCUGACAGUUUGGCAGCGUUCAGACAAGCAGACCAAUUCUAAACUUUUUUUCACUAAUUGGUCUUUUUGAAUAAUCAGAUCAGCUCGGAAACAUAUUUGAUGUGAUUGGUUAACAGACCAAUUAGUGGGGGGGGGGACUCAGAAUUGGGCUGCCUGUCUAAAUUCAGCCAAAUAGAGGGGGGUCUGGGUGAGGGUUCCUCUCUGGGUUCUUCUACCUAUUCAUGGGAAAGCGGCCAUGUUUUAUUACAGCAGACGUCUGCUGAACCAUAGAAGAGCUAGAUUCCCCUGACCUAGAUCUGAGGUUACAAACUAAUGUUCCUGUAACUGUGGUUACGAACUGACCUUUUCCUUGUUCAUUCUACUCUCCUCUAGCUGUUGGCUAAUCAUUGCUUGUUGCCACAUAUUUGCUUCACAACCAGAAAUGAGGUUUCAUCAUGAUUGAGUUCAAACACUGAUUCUAAAUAUCUGCAUGUUUCUUGGCAACAUAGAUUGACUCACAGAAGUGGGAUGGCAUGGUUAUUCCUUCAAACAAAUAUAUUCAACAACUGACUUGAAUUGGCUGUUCAUAUUUAAAUUCUGGCCCCUUGGUCUAACUUAUUGGCUGUUUGUCACUUGCUUAGAAAACAGAGGACAUAUAUAACAUAACUGCCAUUCCAUGUACAUAAUAUUUUCUGUUGACAUAUUGAAAUAUAUAGAUAUAUCACAGGAUUGAAUUAGAUGUUUUAAGCAGCAGUUUACAUAAACACUUGGGCAUAGGUUGAUUUUUGUUUUGAGUUUAGUCACACACAUCUACGGUACAUCAACUACCAGGGAAAUGAGUGAUAAUGCUGACUAAGAUGAAGGAAAAAGGAAACUGCACACUGCUUCUUGAUAGUAGCACCGAUAUUUAAUAAGCUUUACGUAUCGGCCACACGGCCUUCGUCAGAGCUUUGACGAUACGUAAAGCUUAUUAAAUAUCGGUGAUACUAUCAAGAGCAGUGUGCAGUUUCCUUUUUCCUUCAUCUUGUUCAAUUGUUGCCAUGGCACUUGCAAAUCAGAUUGCUCAGAUGUGCGAGUGCCUUUUGGAAUUGAUAUUGCUGACUAAAAAUGACUCGUCUGUCAUUUGUCCUGAAAGGAUAGCGAGACAUCUGUCCACAUCAUUUGAGGUGGGCGGUCAUAGUGUGGAGGUUGUGUGUGUGUGGCUGGGUUAAUACGUUAUGGCGUCUGUCAGUUGAGGUGGUGUAGGAGGAGCGUAAUUGAAUGUCUUUCAUUAACAAACACCUGCUUUUUCAAACUGUUCACUCACUAUUACCUGAUGCAUGCUCCUGCUGCAGUAACUGGCAGCUCCAAAGACCGAUGCAUUGACCCUCUGGGUAAAUGGACUUCAAAGCUUAUUGUGAAGUUGGUCACAUCAGUUAGCCUGUUUUUAAAUGUGGAGCACUGUUGCACAAAUUCCUGCUAAACCAUGUCAAGUAGGUGUACUUGUACAUUGAUAAUGCAAUGCAUGGAGAUUUUAUAUAGUAGGAAUUGAUUUGAUUACUCAGGUCUUUGAUACACUUGUAAAAUGUCUUGAAUGAAAUGGAUUGUAUUUAUUCGCUGUUCUCUUUUUGUAUUGUUCAGAGCAACCUGAGGAUUGAAGCUGUGGCGGCGGGAUUUGAACAGGGUGUCUGUUGUGCGGACAUGGCAUUCUUCACCCAUCUUUCUAUUGUAAAAAAAAAAAAAAAAAAAGAUAAUACGUAAAUAAUAUUGUCUUUAAACUAAAUGAAUGCCACAUUUAGAUCUUGAAGAGCAUCUUAACAUGUGAUUCCUAAAAUAUUUCUUUACGGAGAAUAUAAUAAUCAGAUAAUGUCCCAAAACAAGAAUGAUUGAUUAAAUGGGUGUGAUAGGUUUACACGAUAACCAAUGGUCAUAUGUUUGAUUGAAACGUCAUUGAUGACAGAAUAUUUGCAGUGUUUUAUUGGAUGAUUAACAACCUGACCUGAGUGUGUUGAAAGGCAAAAGAUUAUAGUGGCGGAUGUGACAGGGUGACUUUAUAUUAUAUAUGCUGGUUAUUAUAUCCACUUGUUUUUUCUAAUGAAUUAAACAACUUUUCCUCAUCAA